UGGAGCUAUUUGUUACACCCAAUAGAAAACCUAGGGAUCCUGCGAUGAAGUAUCUGGGCAUCGUCCUUUGCGUUGCCCUAUUGGCAAUCCAUGCAAAGUCUGCCCAAGCUGUCUGUGGCUAUGAGUCAUGUCAUGAGACCAAGUCAAAUAUGGUCAACAUCCACUUGGUACCCCACUCCCACGAUGAUGUGGGCUGGCUGAAGACGGUUGAUCAGUACUACUACGGCCACAAGAACAACAUUCAGCACGCUGGAGUCCAGUACAUUAUCGACACCGUGAUCUCUGAGCUGAUCAAGGAUCCCGCCCGUCGCUUCAUCCAGGUGGAGACCUCCUUCUUCUCCAAGUGGUGGGACGAGCAGUCGGAGACAGUCAGGUCCAUUGUCAAGAAGCUGGUCAACGAGGGACGUCUUCAGUUCACCAACGGUGCCUGGAGCAUGAACGACGAGGCUGCCGUGAACUACCAGAGUGUGAUCGAUCAGUUCACAGUCGGAUUGAAAUUCCUGGACGACACCUUUGGAGUCUGUGGACGUCCUCGCGUCGGCUGGCAAAUCGAUCCCUUUGGCCACUCCCGUGAACAGGCCUCUCUGUACGCUCAGAUGGGUUACGAUGGCGAGUUCUUCUCCCGCAUGGACCACAACGACAAGGGACGCCGCAUGAACGACCUCGCCCUGGAAAUGGUUUGGGAUGCCAGUGAGUCACUUGACUACACCAAGCUCUUCACUGGACUCCUGUAUACGUUCUACUGGGACACUCCCGGAUUUUGCUUCGAUGUGCACUGCAGCGACGAUCCGAUUAUUGACGGCGAUAGUUACGACAACAAUGUCAAGUCCAGGGUGGACGAUUUUAUCGCCUAUGCCGCCCAAGUCGCCGAAAAGUUCCGCACCAACCACAUCAUGAUUCCCAUGGGCGGAGACUUCCAGUAUGAAGAUGCUGAGGUCAACUUUAAGAACAUGGACAAGCUGAUCAAGUACGUCAACGAACGUCAGACAAGUGGCUCCAAGUACAACAUCUUCUACUCAACUCCCGGAUGCUACUUGAACUCUGUGCACAAGAGUGUUCAGUCCUACCCAAACAAAACUUUGGACUUCUUCCCCUACGGAAGUGAUACCAACAGUUUUUGGACUGGUUAUUACACCUCUCGUCCCACCCAAAAGCGGUUUGAGCGAGAAGGCAACACCAUUCUUCAGGUGGCAAAGCAGCUCAGCGCCUUCGCCGAACUCUCCAGCGCACAGCAAAAGGAAGAUCUUGAAUACCUCCGCCAGAUCAUGGGCGUAAUGCAGCAUCACGAUGCCAUUACUGGAACCGAAAAGCAGGCCGUGUCCGAUGACUACGAUCGCCUUUUGUAUGAUGCUAUCGUUGGAGGUGCCAAUACUGCCCGCGAUGCUCUCCGAAAACUGACCAACCUGCCCAACGGAGAGUUCGAGAGUUGUCUGCAGUUGAACAUCAGCGAGUGCGCCUUCACCAAGGACAAUGCUGACAACGUGGUGGUGACCCUUUACAACCCCUUGGCCCACACCUCCACCCAGUAUGUGCGAGUGCCCGUCAAGAAUGAGAACUACCAGGUGACCGAUGAGAAGGGUCGCGUGGUGGCCUCCGAAGUAGUCCCAGUUGCCUGGCAGGUCCUGGCCCUCGAGUUCCGCAACAACGACACUCAGCAUGAGUUGGUCUUCGAGGCUUCCGUCAACAAGAUCGCCAGCUACUACAUCAAGAAGGUCGAAAAGGCAGCAAACGAAGAAGAAUCUAAAUUGAAAGCCAAUGCUGAGACCUACGAUGACGAUGAGACGGUGGUGCAGACUUCGCUGGUAAAAUUGGUGCUCGACAAUAAGACUGGCCUAUUAAAGAGGGUCGAAAUGAACGGCGUCUCCGAGAACAUUGAUCAGAGCUAUGGCAUUUACAGGACCUAUGACUCCGGUGCAUAUGUCUUCCGUCAGUACAACCAAGGAGACUUUGUCAUCCAGGAAGAUGGUGUCGAGUUUACUGUUUACGAUGGAGCUUUAGUCAAGGAAGUCCACCAGCAGUUCAACGAGUAUAUCUCCCAGGUUAUUCGUAUCUAUGAGAAGAAAAAUUACGUGGAGUUCGAAUGGCUGGUUGGCCCCAUUCCAAUUGAAGAAGAGUUUGGAACGGAAGUUGUUACCGUUUUCAGCAGUGGAAUUUCCUCCGAAGGCGUAUUUUACACUGAUUCCAAUGGUCGUGAAUUGAUCAGACGCGAAAAGGACAAACGUGAAGAUUUCGUCCCCGAACUUGCAGUGCAGCCAACUUCCGGAAACUAUUAUCCGAUCACAUCCCGCAUUGCUCUGCAGGACAGUAGCAAGCGAAUUGCCCUCCUGAACGAUCGUGCCCAGGGAGGAUCCAGCAUGAAGGACGGACAGUUGGAGCUCAUGUUGCACCGUCGUCUCGUCCGAGAUGAUGGCUACGGAGUGGGAGAGGCCUUGAACGAGCUCAAGUACGGUCAACCGAUGGUUGCCCGCGGUAAGGUAUACCUCAUUCUCAACGCUGCCGACGAGUCUACAUCCGUGGAGCGCGAGGCCGAGAAGGAGUUCCACCUUCCUCUCUGGAAAUUCUUCAGCCAGAACAGUGGCAGCAGCAGUUCGGCUGCCAAGUCGGUUCCCAGCUUCGAGGACUUCCCCAAGUCGGUGCAUCUCCUUACCUUGGAGCCCUUCAACGAUGAUGAGGUUUUGUUCCGUGUGGAGAACUUCAAGGAUCACAUCGAAGGCAAAGUGGUUAGCUUCAACAUUCGCCCGAUCUUCGAUUACUUGAAUGGAGUGGAAAUUCGUGAAACCACCUUGGAUGGCAACCUGCCAUUGAGUGACAUGAAGCGUUUCAAGUUCCACGCUGAAGGUUCGGGAGCGAGGGCAACAGAAGCUGAGUAUUAUACCUCAUCCCACAAGCCCCUGUCCGCUAAUGGAACGCAAGACGCCUCCGAAUUUGCUGUCACCUUGUACCCAAUGCAAAUUCGAACAUUCAUCAUUAAGAUUAAAUAAUCGCUUUGAUGUGUAUCACCUUCCAUUUUUCCGCUUAAAUAAAUAAAAUUUUGUAUGAAACAAA